GCUGAAAGUGUCCAAGGCCAGGUUAAUGGGGCUCGGAGCAACCUGGGAGAGUGGAACGUGACAGGAUUUGGAGCUAGACAAUUUUUCAUUUUCAACCCAAACCAUUCUACUUUUAGCCCUCCCUGUCCAGCCUGAGCUGGGGCUUGUCCUGCUGUCCCACAUCCCCCACUGUGUCCGAGGAUUUUGAAGGACACCACUUCAGGACCCUCUGUGACCAGCGAGGGGGCACAGGGCGGAGGUAAAGGGCACCAGGCACCGUGGUGGUCACGGUGAGGCUGUGACCACCCUGGCACAGGGUUUUGAACCCUUUGGUAUCAGCAGGAGGCAAAUACCCAUUGCUUGGUGGAAAUUCAGAGCAGCUCUUCUGGGUGGGCUCGAGAUUUGCAUGAUAAAAGAAAGAGCAGAGGCAGCCUGGGCCUCUUUUGUUUUCUUUUUUCCAGGCCAGACGUGCUCAGGGCAGAAAUGCUUAAAUGCUUUGGGCAUUUCUCGGAUGUGCUGGGAGGAGCAGCUUAAGUCCUUGACUCCAAAACCAGGUUGCUGCCAGGUCAGCCUGAGACUUAAAUUCGAGUUGAUGUUUGGAUGUGACAGAGUCGCUCUUAAUCCCCUCUGAACCCACUACGAAGGGACAGACAGAGGAACGGGACAUCAUCCACAGACGGCGAACAAGGCACCCCGAGCAGCGCAAACCUGCGGGAGAAGCUCGGCACAGAACCAGCUGAGCAAACACUGGAUGCUGGGGCUGAGCUGUGCUCCAGCCCACACAGUCACAGGAGGGACACCCAGGAUGAGGCUGCUCUUCCCUGCCCUCCUGCUGGCCCUGCUUGCCACCACCCGUGCUGCAGAAGACUCCUGCGAGGGCCGCUGUGAAGAAGGCUUCGAUGCAGGCCACAAGUGCCAGUGUGACACCCUCUGUGUGUACUACCAGAGCUGCUGCAGCGACUACUCCACUGUCUGCAAAGCCAAAGUGACCCGGGGAGAUGUCUUUGCCUUGCCGGAGGACGACUACCUGGACUACAACCUCACCGUCGACUUUGUCACGGAAGAGGUGCCCGUGGCUGACCCCACAGAGCUGCCCACAGCCCCAGUGCUGGUGGAGACCACCCCAGAGAGCAAGCCAAACCCCGAGGAGACACUGACAGAGGUGCCCAGCACCACCCCAGAAGUGUCUGAGGAGCCUGAAGAGCUGUGCAGCGGGAAACCUUUUGAUGCCUUCACCGACCUGAAGAAUGGUUCCCUUUAUGCUUUCCGAGGGAAGUACUUCUAUGAGCUGGACAAGACCAGUGUGAGGCCUGGCUACCCCAAGCUCAUCAGUGAUGUCUGGGGCAUCGAGGGCCCCAUCGAUGCAGCCUUCACACGCAUCAACUGCCAGGGCAAGACUUACCUCUUCAAGGGCACCCAGUACUGGCGCUUUGAUGACGGAGCCCUGGACCCUGGGUACCCACGGGACAUCUCCGAGGGCUUUGAGGGCAUUCCCAACAACGUGGACGCAGCCUUCGCCCUCCCUGCCCACAGCUACCACGGCAAUGAGAGAGUCUAUUUCUUCAAGGACAAGUACUACUGGUCCUACGACUUUGCCCAGCAGCCCACGCAGGCCGACUGCGAGAAGUCCUCCCCCUCCACGGUGUUCAAGCACUACGCCUUCAUGAACCGGGACAGCUGGGAGGAUGUUUUCCAGAUCCUCUUUGGUGGCAGGAUGCCCGGGGCGAACGGCCCGUGGUACAUCAGCCGGGACUGGCGGGGGGUGCCCAGCCGGCUGGACGCUGCCAUGGCCGGCCGCAUCUACGUGGCCUCCCAGGAGCCCCGCAGGAGGAAGUCUCGCCGUCAGCGCAAGAGGUACAACCACCACCGCUCGCUGAAUUUGGGCUUCUGGAGCUGGCUGCACAAUGACCCCGACUCAGCAGGUGUUGAAACGGAUGGGCUGUCGGGCUCCACGUGUGAGAUGCUCCAGAGUGUUUACUUCUUUGUAGGAGACAAGUACUACCGUGCCAACCUGCGCACCAAGCGCGUGGACCUGGUGCGGCCGCGCUACCCCCGCUCCAUCGCCCAGUACUGGCUGGACUGCCCCCAGCCCGGGGAGGAGAGCACCUGAGGGGAUCCCUGGAGCCGCCAGGAGGACAGCCCCAGCUAGACAGAAAUAAACUGUGAGAGCCAUGCA